UAGAAGCAGCUCUCCACAGAGAUGAUGUAGACUUUAUCAGUGACCUGAUCGCCUGCUUGCUUCAGGGUUGCUAUCAGCGAAGGGAUAUCACGCCUCAGACAUUCCACAGCUACCUAGAGGACAUCAUAAACUACCGCUGGGAGCUGGAAGAAGGGAAACCUAACCCUCUGAGAGAAGCCAGUUUCCAGGACCUGCCUCUUCGUACCCGGGUGGAAAUCCUGCACCGCCUUUGUGAUUAUCGGCUUGAUGCAGAUGAUGUCUUCGAUCUUCUCAAGGGUCUGGAUGCAGACAGUCUUCGCGUAGAGCCGUUAGGUGAAGACAAUUCCGGGGCACUGUAUUGGUAUUUCUAUGGAACUCGAAUGUACAAGGAGGACCCAGUACAAGGAAAAUCCAGCAGAGAACUCUCUUUGGGCAGGGAAAGUGAAGGACAAAAAAAUGUCUCAAGUGUUCCUGGGAAAACAGGAAAAAGAAGAGGAAGACCCCCCAAGCGGAAGAAGCUACAGGAGGAGAUUAUAGUAAGGACUUGGGACUUAGGUGAUGGAAACCUGGAUCAGAAUCCUCAUGAAAUGACCGAGUGUGCACUAGAGAAACAGGACGCCCUAGCUGCAUGGCGUCUGGCAAGUGAAAAGCAGGAAGAAAACUCCUUGGCAUCUGAGCUACAGACAAGAAAUGCGUCCCAAGGGCCAGGCCAAGGCACUUGGUGGCUCCUGUGCCAAACGGAAGAAGAAUGGAGACAGGUCACCGAGAGUUUUCGGGAGAGGACCUCCGUUCGAGAACGACAGCUCUAUAAGCUCCUCAGCGAGGACUUCCUGCCCGAGAUCUGCAACAUGAUUGCCCAGAAGGAGACGCCUAUGCUUACCAGAAUAGAAAAACAGAAGCGCAAAGAGGAGGAAGAAGAGCGUCAAAUUCUUCUAGCAGUGCAGAAGAAGGAGCAAGAACAGAUGUUAAAGGAAGAGAGGAAACGAGAGUUGGAGGAAAAAGUAAAGGCAGUGGAAGAUCGAGCUAAGAGGAGAAAGCUCAGGGAAGAAAGGGCAUGGCUGCUGGCCCAAGGGAAGGCGCUCCCCCCAGAACUUUCCCAUCUGGACCCUAAUUCCCCCAUGAGGGAAGAAAAAAAGACUAAAGACCUCUUUGAUUUGGACGAUGAAUUCACUGCCAUGUAUAAAGUUCUAGAUGUGGUGAAGGCUCACAAGGACUCCUGGCCCUUUUUGGAACCUGUGGAUGAAUCAUAUGCCCCAAACUACUACCAGAUUAUUAAGGUCCCCAUGGAUAUUUCAAGCAUGGAGAAGAAAUUGAAUGGAGGUUUAUACUGCACCAAGGAGGAAUUUGUAAAUGACAUGAAGACUAUGUUCAGGAAUUGUCGAAAGUAUAAUGGGGAAAGUAGUGAGUAUACCAAGAUGUCAGAUAAUUUAGAGCGGUGUUUCCAUCGGGCAAUGAUGAAGCAUUUUCCUGGUGAAGAUGGAGAUACAGAUGAAGAAUUUUGGAUCAGAGAGGAUGAAAAGCGGGAGAAGAGACGGAGUCGGGCUGGGCGAAGUGCUGGAAGCCAUGUUUGGACUCGCUCCAGGGACUCAGAAGGGCCUGGCAGGAAACAGCAGCCCGUGGAGAAUGGAGGGAAGUCCUUGCCGCCUGCUCGCCGACUUGCCUCUGCUGGAGGUGACCAGCGCAACAGCUCUGGGCAGCCCCCUCGGGAGGCAGGCACUUCAAACGGCCAAGGCCCUCCUCGUCCCCUGCAUUUUGGUGGGAUGCCCAACCAGGCUCCCCUUUUAAACCCAAUGAGGCCAGCAGUACCAGGCACAUUUGGCCCUCUUCGAGGAUCAGAUCCUGCUAACUUAUAUGUGUCCUCUAGAGUCCCAGAGCCACACCCCGGGGAGCCUGUACAGCAUCAACCUUUUGCCAUGCAGCCUCCAGUUGGAAUUAACAACCACCAAGGACCCAGGCUAGGCACACCAGAAGAGAAGCAAGUGCGUGGGGGGCUGGCACAUCUCCCUAACAUGGGGUCACAUCCUGGAUCCUUGCCUCUUGGGCAGAUGAGUGGCCCCACUCAGGAUGGAAAUAUGUAUCCCCAAACUCAAUUUCAGCCAGGAUUUAUUCCUCUCAGGCAUGGAGGGGUUCCGGCCCGACCCCCAGAUUUUCCUGAAAGCUCAGAAAUUCCUCCCAGCCACAUGUACCAAUCUUACAAAUACCUGAAUCGAGUACACCCUGCUGUCUGGAAUGGGAACCACGGUGCUGCAAACCCAGGACCCUUAGGGCCAGAUGAGAAGCCCCCCAUGGGGCCAGGGCCAUCUCACCAGCCUCGUACUUUUGGUCACAUGAUGGAUUCCCGAGUGAUGAAACCACCUCUUCCCCCAAACCAGUGGACUGAACAAUCAAGCUUUCUACCUCAUGGAGUUCCUUCUUCAGGAUAUAUGCGAACACCCUGUAAAUCUGGUGGACAUCGGUUACAGCCACCUCUCACGCCAAGUCCUCUGUUUGGAGCUCCCCCCCAGGUGCUGCGAGGGGCACAAGGCGGGGACUCCAUGAUGGACAGCCCGGAGAUGAUCGCCAUGCAGCAGCUGUCAUCCCGCGUGUGCCCACCAGGUGUGCCUUACCACCCCCGACAGCCCACACCCCCUCAUGUAUCUGGCCCUUUCCCACAGGUAGCUCACUCGGCAUCAGUUAGUGUGUCAGCCCCCAAGCCUGCCUUGGGGAACGCUGGGAGGACACAGGAUACCAGUGAAACACAAGAGCCUGAGAACGACCGAGCAGAUCCCUUGCCUGGGCUUGAGGAGAAGCCACCAAGCGUUGGUGCUUCGGAGGGGGUGUACCUCACACAACUACCUCACCCUGCGCCUUCCCCGCACACCAACUGUACCAGGCAGAGCUCACCACAAGAAAGAGAAGCUGAGGACUCCUCGGCAUCUGGAGACAAGUGUCAGGUGGCACAGGGCAAAAACAACUGGCCCUCCGAGAGCAGCUACAGCAGCCCAGCAGCCCAGGGCUGUGGGAGGGACCUCUCCACCCUGGCAAACAGAGGGGCUCUCCCCGAAAAUGGGCUGAUUGUUGAAGCACCCACUUGUGGAUCAGAGGGGAAGGGCGUUGGUGGUAGUGGUUCAGAAAAGCCUGUCUGCCCCCGAGGCAAAACAUUGCAGGAAAGCAUGCCAUGUACAGGACAGAACCCAGCUAUGCCUCCUAACACAGACGCCAGUUUGAUGGGCGGCACUAUCAGCCAGUUUCCUCCCUUGUACAUGCCUGGCCUGGAAUACCCCAAUUCACCUGCACAUUACCACAUCAGUCCUAGCCUGCAAGGUUUGGGCCCUAUGAUGGGAGGUAAACCCUCAGGGUCCCAUCCUCAGCAUUUUUCUCCUCGGAGCUUUCAUUCUAACAACCCUCAUUCUGGAGUCUUUCCCCGGUACCGCCCUCCCCAAGGAAUGAGGUACUCCUACCAGCCAUCCCCUCAGCCUUCCUACCAUCACUAUCAGCGAACUCCUUACUACACGUGUCCACAGGGCUUUUCUGACUGGCAGAGACAUCUCCAUCCCCCGGGAAGCCCAGGUGGGCCCCUGCCAAGUCAGCCUCCUCCUCCAAGGCCCCUCUUCUCAGAUAAGAGCGCCAUGGCUAACCUACAAGGCUGUGAGACACUGAACGCUGCCUUAACUUCCCCAACCCAAAUGGAUGCAGUGGCUGCAAAGGUCAUCGCAGCUGACGGGCAGAAUCCUGGGCCAGACGAAGAGAAGCUGGAUGAAUCUGUGGAGAGACCGGAGAGUCCCAAAGAAUUUUUAGACCUGGACAACCAUAAUGCAGCUACCAAGCAACAGAGCUCGUUGUCAGCCAGCGACUAUCUGUAUGGAACUCCUCCGCCACCUCUGAGUUCAGGGAUGGGCUUUGGUUCAUCUGCUUUCCCUCCGCACGGUGUGAUGCUACCAGCGGGGCCUCCUUACACACCUCAGCGGCCGGCCAGUCACUUCCAGCCCAGGGUAUACUCUUCCCCUGUGCCUGCUCACCCACCGCACCAUCCAGUGGCUGCCCAGCCCAACGGCCUCGCUCAGGAGGGCCCCAUCUACCGCUGCCAGGAAGAGGGCCUGGGCCACUUUCAGGCUGUAAUGAUGGAGCACAUUGGCACUGGAAGUGGAAUAAGGGGACCUUUCCAGGAAAUGUACAGACCAUCAGGGAUGCAAGUCCAUCCAGUUCACUCACAGUCCUCCUUCCCAAAGACCCCAGCACCAGCAACGUCGCAGGAAGAGCUGCCGCCACAUAAGCCCCCAACACUUCCUCUUGAUCAGAGCUAGUCCAAGGAGGAAGUAACCUCCAAGGAAGCGGAUAGCUGCACAUGAAGACUGGAAUAUGAGCAUCUGGGUGAAUGAUCUCGCCCAUCUCUCUUCCUUACCCCCCACCGCGCCCCUCACAGUGCACCAUUUCGUGCCACCAGGAGCUGGAGCCGUCCCGGAACCCCCAGGGCACACGCCUUAGAUAACCAACACAGCUUGCAGGGUCCUGGUUCAGGGACCUUUGCACAGCUGAUAAUCAAGAAGAAAUGAAUUGGAAUUAGUGAUGGCUUUUCCAAGUCCUGAGACUCUUGUUCAGUGAAGAAUCACCUAAAACUUGGGGGAGGGGCAUACGUAAGAAUGGAGUGGUGCAUGUAAACUUUCAUGAGCAGCUAAACUCAGGUAUAUAUUUGGGGAAGGGACUACUCAUAGUAUUACUGUGUUUGAAGCUGGGUCCAGUUUACAGAAUUUUCAUGUUGCCUUUUAAAAUAAUUUCUGUUGUUGGUGGUGAAUGUAUUGUACAUAAACUGGGUGGGG